UUCAUCUCUGUCCAAUCAGAGGACGCGUUGCUGUGUUGUCGUUCGAGCUGCGGAACCGAGCAACGCCGGCUGAGGCUAACAGCUAAAUCCAGACAUAACAAGAUGGAGGUGGAUCAGCUCUUGUCUCUGUCCGGCUCGGCUCUGGCUCAGGCCGUCAGCUCUCUGCUCGAGACGCCCGGACUCUACGUCUUCUCUGACAUCCUGGAGCUGCCCAACGUCAGAGAGUUGGAGAACGGCCCUCACGCUCCGGUGUACCAGCUGCUGCACCUCUUUGCCUAUGGAACCUACUGCGACUAUAAAGAGAGAGCGGCCUCACUUCCGGAGCUGACCCCAGCGCAGAGGAACAAAUUGAGGCACCUGUCCAUCAUCAGCCUGGCCUCCAACCUCAAGUGCCUUCCCUACUCCCUCCUCCUGCAGCAGCUGGAGUUGAAGAACGUGCGCGAGCUGGAGGACCUCCUGAUCGAGGCCGUGUACUGUGACAUCAUCCAGGGCAAACUGGACCAGAGGAACCAGCAGGUGGAGGUGGACUGUAGCGUGGGCCGAGACCUGGGGCCCAACGAGCUGCCCAACAUCAUCAGCACACUGCAGGAGUGGUGUACGGGGUGCGAGGCCGUGCUGUGUGGCAUCGAGGAGCAGGUCUCACGGGCGAACCAGUACAGAGAGAGCCAGCUCAAGGUCAAAGUUCAAGUGGAAACUGAGGUCUCAAACUUACAGAAGACGCUAAAGGCCAGCGCCGCCUCCCCCUCGUCAGGCCCCGCCCCCGCCGGAGCAGCGUCCAAUCAGGACGCAGACCAGCCCGCCGAACCCCGAGACCCCGCCUCCUCCCAGGAGCCACGGCAGCCAGGCAAAAAGAGCUCCAAAGUGAAAGGGUGAGGAUGCUCUCUGAAUACAAGUUGCGAGGGAGCGGGAAAAUCUGGUCAAAAUCAAACUGAAGCUCGGCUCUGAAGGACAGUGGCUCUUACGGACACUGAUGCUUGGACUUAUAACAACAACAAAACGGCAACCCAGAGGCCACUGCUCCAAACCUGAAGCCGCUCUUGGGACUUUCCUUUUCACGUCACAUCGUUUAGAUUAAAAAUGUGAUUCAAAGCUUUUCUUCGAGUUUGGGCGUCAAUGGUGAACUUAUUUUAUCUGAAAAUUGUGUGUACACUGCAGGAAAUUAUGUCUAAGUAACUUGGAUUUCGCAAAUAUUUAGUUUGGUGUAGUUUGGACUCGUGUAAAGGAGCUCUGUGUGACAUUUCUGCGUUUUGAUAUGGCCUGGAAUGUUCCGCAGUAUGGCAUUAAACUUCUAUCUUGCA